AUGACGACGCACCGCAAGUCGCUCGUGGAGCUCAUGACGGCGCUGCGUCGACACAGCUCGCUUUCGCCGCGCCAGAUUCGCAUCCGAUCGCGCUCGAUUAUGUGGCUCUUCUGCGUCUGCAAGCACACCGUCUCGGCCGUCUACUUUGUCGUCUCGGGUUACAUUUACACGAUUCUCUCCAACACGGAGCGCAUCACACUGAAUGCAUAUCAACCCAAGCUCUGCGGCAGCAUGUACUUUUUACUGGCGGCCUUGCACGUCUAUGGCGUCGGACUGGACAUGGUACCGACGGGGCGGCGGCGUCGAGGGUCGCUCUUGCACAGUUUGACGAUGCGCACGCGGACGCCCCACUACUGGUUGUGCGGGUUUCAAUGCGCCGAAAUUGGCGUCCAGAGCGUGCAAGCGUGGUGGCUCUCGUACCUCACGACCAACAAGAGUCUUUUGACAACGUACGUGUCGUGCAUCAUCGUCCACUGCAUCGUGUCGCCCUGGUUCAUCCUCUCGACGAUCCCCUUCUUCCACACCACAUUUCGGCUCUUUGUCAAUAGCAUCAUUGGGUACAUGGAGCUUUCAAGCCAUAUAUUGUUGUGGCAUUUCGCGUCAAUUGUGGUGUAG